GAGUCAGUUUGUUCGAGUUGUUCGGAGGUGAAAGUUGAGACAUGACAGAGCAGCGGCGAAAGGAAACCCUGGAGACCAGUGAAACAUUGCCCUUCAUUGAAGAGCCAUUUGCAAUAUCGGAUAAAGCUGAGAAAUCUGUUGCUGAAAAUGAAACGGAAGGAGCAGAUGAUGGUAAAGACACUUACUGUGGUUUUUGGAUAUUCAAGGGCCCCUCGAUGCAAAGAUUGGCCACUGAGCAGAUGUACGUCAUUCUAUAUGGGCUAGCUGGCUGUGUGAUGGCAAUGACCUUUGCCUACUUUAAUGCCACCAUAACGACCUUGGAGAAGCGCUACAAAAUACCCACAAAGGUGUCCGGAAUUAUCUCGGUGGGAAACGAUAUCAGUACCAUGCUAACGGCUGCAAUGCUGGGCUAUUAUGCCGGCCAUAGGCAUCGACCCCGCUGGAUGGGAAUAGGGUUCCUGACCAUGGUGGCCUUUUGCCUGCUCACGAGCUCCCUGCAUUUUCUUUACGGAGCUGGCGAGGAUGCCCUCAAGUUAACCCGAGAAUUCGGGCAGGUCAAUGAAACUUUGGCCACGCAGGAGCGUGAUAAGAAGUUGUGCCAGCCAACUGCAGGAGGAUGUGUCCAGGAGGAGCUGGGUCAGUGGGUGCCCCAAGCCUUUCUGUUUGCCGCCCAACUAAUCUCGGGAGUGGGUCAGGCACUCUUCUAUACCCUGGGCAUAGCCUACAUGGACGACAAUGCCAGCAAGUCCAGGACCCCAGCCAUGCUGAGCAUGUCCACCUUCUUGAGGAUGCUGGGUCCAGUUAUUGGUUACUCAUUAGCUGCGCUUUGCCUGCGCCUGUACAUUGAACCUACAUUGGAGCCGCUGAUCGGGCGGGAUGAUCCCCGCUGGUUGGGCGCCUGGUGGCUGGGCUGGCUGGUCCUGGCUGGAAUGACCUUGGUCUCGGCCAUUCUGCUGUUCAUGUUCCCCAAGGAGCUGCCCAGUUCGAGGAAGAGACGCCUUCAACUGAAGCAGACUGAACGGAGGCAGUCACUGCCCCUGAAUGAGCGAUCCUUUGGUGACAUGAUGCAGACAGUCAGGAAACUCACGAAAAACAAGGUGUAUGUCUACAACACAAUGGCAUCCAUACUCUACUUCUUUGGCUACAUGGCCUACUGGAUAUUCACUCCCAAGUACAUCGAAACCCAGUAUAGACAAUCGGCGGCCAUGGCGACCAUGGCCACGGGAACAGUGGCUCUGGGAUUCUCUGCCGCGGGAGUCCUCAUCUCGGGAUACGCGAUCUCCAAGUACAAGCCGAGUGCCAGGGCCAUGGCCGCCUGGAAUGCCAUUGUGGACUUUGUGACGGUGGCCGGCAUCCUGUGCUAUGUUGCAAUCGGAUGUGAAGGAAGCGACAGGCUGAAUAGCCUGACCACCCUGUCCACCGGGAACAGCUGCAGUGCCUCCUGUCACUGCGACUACGUGCACUAUGCUCCCGUUUGCAGUCCGGACAACAUCACCUUCAUCUCGGCCUGCCAUGCGGGAUGUUCGAAAAGGACGCAGGAUGCACUGGGAAGGACCAUUUACACAGGGUGCCUGUGCCUGGGCUCCACAAGCUUGCCCCCUGAAGCAGAGUCCCAGUUUGCUGUGGAUGGAACCUGUCCAGUCGACUGCUUUAAUGAGUUCCUUAUCUUUGUGGCUGUAAUGUGCUUCCUGAAACUGGUGGGCGCCUCUAGUAAAUCGACGAACCUGCUCAUCGCCCUGCGUUGCAUGCCUCCGGAGCAGAAGACCUUCGCCCUGGGAUUGGGUUCCAUGGUGGCUGCUCUGCUGAGCUUCAUCCCCAGUCCGGUAUUCUUCGGUUGGCUGAUAGACAACUACUGUUUGGUGUGGGGCAAGACCUGCUCCAACAAGGGAAACUGCUGGCUCUAUGACACGAAAUCCUUGAGAUAUGCCUUAAAUCUUUCGGCCGCAUUUUUUAUACUUCUAGGCGGUUUCCUGAAUAUUGCAGUGUGGUAUCAUGUCAAGGAUCUUAAGAUUUUUGAUGAUGAAGAGUCAGCUAAGGACAGUUUAAAGGACACGGAGGUUGAAAUGAAAACCAUUGAUUCAAGUCCACAGGAGAACUAAAAUGUAACUAUUUGUUAAGCUAAAUAAACGAGCUUUGAGUGGAGCUUCAAUUUUUCA